AUGGAGCAGGAACAGCAACAACCACAGCAGCAGCAGCAGCCGCCGCAGCAGCCUGCUACCCACGCUGGGGGAGUUCAUGGCCCUGCUGGCCGCAGGCUUCACAUUGCUCAUCGUCGUAGUCCCUCGGAGUUGACGCCCCUGAUGAGCAUGUUUACGAAUCCCCAGAUGGACCAACUUGCCAUCCAGCAGCAAAUCGAGCUUCUCCAACAGCAGCAGCAACAGCUACAAGCUACCCAUCAACAAUAUGUCAAUAUGGGGAUGAUCCCCCCUACCCAGCAACUUGGCCCUGGCGCAUUCAACCCAUUGCAGCCCGCCCUGGCUAACUUGGCUCCCCAAGGAGCCUUCCAAUUCCCGAACCAGAUGCAGCAGCAGCCCGUCUCUCUGGGCCACGCGAACCAACCUAUGACGCACCGUCGCAACCAAUCCGCGAUUCCCAAUAUGAGCAUGGGUCCCCCACCGGCUCCUUCAUCCGGCGCUUCGGGUACCGCCUUUGGCAACUUUGACAAUUCUGCCAGCCACGGCCGAGGCGAGAACACAUCGGGCCGCGGCGGUCGCGGCGGUGGUGGUGGGGGCCACCAACGUCGCCACUCUUUGGCCCUUGCUGAUGCUAAGAAGGCUGCCGAGCUAGCUCAGCAAAAACGGACAACAACCGGUUUCCAAUUCCCCGGCCCCGGUGCCACCAGUGAUAAGGCCGGCAACGAAGAGAACAAGGCCGGUGCUCAACCGGGAGCUCCCGAGAGCCAUCAUCCUCAGGGCCCUCCUACUCGCGGUGGCCGUGGCGGUCACGGCCGUAGCCAGAGCAUGGCUGUCGGCCGCGGUGGUGGUGGCCAGGACAAUUUCCGUCGUGGAGGCGGUCAUGCCAGGACUGGCUCCCGUAACUUCGAAGGCAACUGGAGGAACCAGAGCCAGAAUCAAAGCCAGGAUCAAGGGGGGCAGAGCCAGCAAGGCUUCCAGCCCGGUCAUCGAUCUCGCGGUUCCAUCAACCAGUCCAUCUCAUCCAUUGGUGCUUUCCAAUAUCCAAGCCAGACUCCUCUCGUUCAGAUUCCUGGCCAAAUGAUGAUCCCCCAGCUCUACGCCGGACAGCAGCUUACUCCCAUGCAGCUGGGCCAGCUCGCCCUUCAGGCUCAGAUGAAUGGUCAGCAGUUCGCCGGUCUUCAGAACAGCCAGCAUGCUGGUGGCCUUGGCGGCCAGCAGCAGCAGCAGCAGCAACAGCAGCGCAAGACGCUCUUCACUCCUUACCUCCCUCAAGCCACCCUCCCCGCUCUUCUCGGCGACGGCCAACUCGUAUCUGGUAUCCUACGCGUGAACAAGAAGAACCGAAGCGACGCCUACGUCUCCACCCAGGACGGCCUGCUUGAUGCCGAUAUCUUCAUCUGCGGCAGCAAGGACCGAAACCGAGCUCUUGAAGGUGACCUGGUCGCCGUCGAGCUCCUCGACGUUGACGAAGUCUGGUCUCAGAAGCGCGAAAAGGAAGAGAAGAAGAAGCGCAAGGACAUUACCGACACCAGGUCAGGAUCCACUAACCAGGGUAGUCAGCACGGCGCCAACGGCGAUGAUAGCAAGGCGGCUGAUGGCGGUAUCCGCCGCCGUGGGAGUCUGCGUCAGCGACCUACCCAAAAGAAGAAUGACGACGUCGAAGUUGAGGGCCAGAGUCUACUCCUCGUGGAGGAAGAAGAAAUUAAUGACGAGCAGAAGCCUCUCUAUGCUGGCCAUAUUGUUGCUGUUAUCGAGCGAGUCCCCGGCCAGAUGUUCUCAGGUACCCUCGGCCUCCUCCGACCCAGCAGCCAGGCCACCAAGGAGAAACAAGAGGCUGAGCGCGCUGCUCGUGAUGGUGGCGGCUCGCGCCAUCACGAACCCCGUCACCAGGAAAAGCCCAAGAUUGUCUGGUUUAAGCCUACCGACAAGCGCGUACCCCUAAUCGCCAUUCCUACGGAGCAGGCGCCGCGGGACUUUGUUGAGAAACACCAAGACUACGCGGACCGCAUCUUCGUUGCGUGCAUCAAGCGAUGGCCCAUCACCUCUCUUCACCCGUUCGGAACUCUUGUUGAGCAACUCGGCAAGAUGGGCGACUUGAAGGUUGAGACCGAUGCUCUCCUCCGAGACAACAACUUCUCUUCUGACGAGUUUACCGAUGCUGUCCUCCGCAGCGUUGGGCUUCAGGACUGGACUGUUGCCAAGGAGGAUGAGGCGGCCAUCUCGGCACGCCGUGAUUUCCGAGACGAGAGGAUCUUUACCCUCGACCUCUCCGGAUCGGGCGAGUUGGGCAACGCCAUCCAUGUCAAGACGAGCCCUGAUGGCAAGAUUGAUGUUGGCAUUCACGUUCCGGAUGUUGCUCACUUCGUUAAGGCCAACUCGCUAGUUGACCGAGAAGCGAAGAAGCGAGGUACUGCUGUCCACCUGCUGAACCGCUUCUGUGCUCUCCUUCCCCCUAAGCUGUCGUCCGAGGUAUGCGCGCUCGUUCCAGACGCGGAGCGUCUAGCGGUCAGCGUUGUUUUCCGCGUCAACCCCCAUAACGGCACCGUGGCCGAAGGUGACGCUUGGGUAGGCAAGAGUAUCAUCAAGAGCGGCGGAAGGAUUACCCUUGAUGAGGUUGAUGCUGCGUUGUCUGAGGGCCAGCCUGACUUCAAGCAUGAAUCUGUUCAGCUGAAGGAUCUCCAGAUCCUCAAUGCCGUGGCUCAGAAGUUCAGGGAGGCUCGCCUCGGUGUCGGCGAUGCGCCCAUUGCGCCCCUUCGUCUCCUCCAGCAGCUGGAUGACGAGAACGUGCCCGUCAAGACCAAUAUCUUCGAUUCUUCACCGGCCACUGAGAUGAUUGAGGAGUUGAUGCACAAGGCCAACGGCUAUGUCGCCCAGAAGCUUGUUCAGGCCCUGCCAGAGAAGGCGAUCCUUCGACGACAUGGUGCUCCCAACCCACGCCGUCUCCGGACGUUCUCUGAUCGCAUGACUGCUCUUGGAUAUGACAUUGACGCGACCAGCAGUGGAAGCCUGCAGAACAGUCUCUUCAAGGUUGACGAUACGGAUCUGAGGAAGGGUAUGGAGACGUUGCUUCUCAAGUCUAUGCAGCGAGCCAAGUAUUUCGUUUCGGGCAAGACUCCCAAGCACCUUUGGCCCCACUAUGCCUUGAACCUUCCUCUCUACACGCACUUCACCAGCCCAACUCGACGAUAUAUCGACAUCAUUGUUCACAGGCAGCUUGAGGCGGCUCUCUCUGAGGGCAAGAUCGAGUACAACGAUGACCUCGAGACUCUCGUUAAGACGAUCGAGUCUUGCAACACCAAGAAGGAAUCGGCGCAGAAUGCCCAGGAGCAGAGCGUCCACAUCGAGUCCUGCCGAAAGAUGGACAAGGUCCGACAGGAGACCAGCGGUGAUCUUGUGGUAGAGGGUAUCGUUAUCUGCGUGUAUGAGUCGGCGUUUGAUGUCUUGAUCCCCCAGUGGGGCUUCGAGAAGCGGGUGCACUGCGACCAGCUUCCGCUUAAGAAGGCCGAGUUCCGCAAGGAGAAGAGAAUCCUGGAGCUCUACUGGGAGAAGGGUGUGGCUAGCUCGGCCUACGUGCCGGAAGAUGAGCGACCGCGUGCUGCACUCUCUCAGCGCUACUCCAACGCUGCGGAGGCACGACGACAGGCCGAGGAGGCUGAGCGAGUCAGGAAGGAGCAGGAGGAGGCGACGCGCAAGCAAACGGAGACUGGAACGAUGUCGACAGAUGCUGUCGAGGCCCUGUUCGACGACGAGGAUGAUAACGCGUCGGAUUUGACGGAGGCCAUGGCCGGAGUCUCGCUCGCUGAGCGGCCGACGCAGAGUGUUCCUGGCUCCCCUACUCGCUCGACAUCUAACGCCGAGGCGACAGGUGUGCUCCAGCGAACCCGGUCCGACUCCAAGGUGCCUCCGGCGGAGGCUGUGGAGACUCGACUGAGCGACAAGGAGAAGUACAUGAAACUUUUCAAGCUCCGGGAGGAGGAUGGCGAAUACAUCCAGGACGUCACGGAGAUGACGCGGGUUCCUAUUAUCCUUAAGACGGAUCUUUCCAAGAGCCCUCCGUGCUUGACUAUUCGCUCCGUCAACCCAUACGCCCUCUAA